CCACCACGUGUGUCCCCGAGCUGAGUGGCUACCCGUCUCAGUCCCUCGCCGGCCGGUUUGAGCAGCGGAGGAGGCGAGUAGUUGUUAGAGGCUGGAGGCUUCGCUAUGGGAAGUCGCUCCUUUGCACUGUCGCGGCCGGCCCUGCUCCCUGGUUCUCCGCAGCCGCUGUCGCUGGAGAGCACCGGGAGGCGCGGGCUGCGAGCGCGCCAGCUUCUCCGCGCCCGGGCGCCAGCGCCCCUGGGCAGGUGCUGAGCGCCUUCCCGAGCCUCCCCUGCUGCCUGCCUCUUCCGCCUGGCCGCCCGGCUGCUGCAGUGCACAUGGGCUGCUGGAGGUAGAUGGGCUCACCGCCCCGGAGGCGGCGGUGGAUGCGGCGCUGGGCAGAAACAGCCACCGAUUCCAGCAGCCGUGGGGCCGCGCGCUCCGGGCGCCCCUGCGAGCCCCAGGCUCGGCCAUGGGGACCUCGGCAAGCAGCAUCACCACCCUCGCCUCUUGCAGCCGCGUCGCCGGCCAAGUCGGAGCCACUAUGUUCGCCGGCUGCCUUCUCCUGCUUGGAUUCCUCAGCACCACCACAGCUCAGACAGAACAAAAGACCCUGAGUCUCACUGGCACCUACCGCCACGUCGACCGGACCACUGGCCAGGUGCUAACCUGUGACAAGUGUCCUGCAGGAACGUAUGUCUCCGAGCACUGUACCAACACGAGCCUGCGGGUCUGCAGCAGUUGCCCCGCGGGGACCUUUACCAGGCACGAGAACGGCAUAGAGAGAUGCCAUGACUGUAGCCAGCCAUGCCCAUGGCCGAUGAUUGAGAGAUUACCUUGUGCGGCCUUGACUGACCGAGAAUGCACUUGCCCGCCUGGAAUGUAUCAGUCUAAUGGGACCUGCGCCCCCCAUACGGUGUGCCCCGUGGGCUGGGGUGUGCGGAAGAAAGGGACGGAGAAUGAGGAUGUGCGGUGCAAGCAGUGUGCUCGGGGAACCUUCUCGGAUGUGCCUUCCAGUGUGAUGAAAUGCAAAGCCCACACAGACUGUCUCGGUCAGAACCUGGCGGUGGUCAAGCCGGGGACCAAGGAGACAGACAAUGUCUGUGGCACACGCCUGUCCUUCUCCAGCACAAUCUCACCUUCCCCUGGAACAGCUAUCUUUUCUCACCCUGAGCACGUGGACUCCCACGAUGUCCCUCCCUCCACCUAUGAGUCCCAAGGCAUGAACUCAACAGAAACCAACUCUACUGCCUCUGUUAGACCAAAGGUACCAAGUGGCAUCCAGGAAGGGACAGUUCCCGACAACACAAGCUCAACAAGUGGGAAGGAAGGCAUGAACAAGACCCUCCCAAGCCCACCCCAAGUUACCCACCAGCAAGGCCCCCACCACAGACACAUCCUGAAGCUGCUACCAUCGUCCAUGGAGGCCACUGGCGAGAAGUCUAGCACGGCCAUCAAGGCUCCCAAGAGGGGCCACCCCAGACAGAACCCACACAAGCAUUUCGACAUCAAUGAGCACUUGCCUUGGAUGAUUGUGCUCUUCCUCCUGCUGGUGCUGGUGCUGAUAGUGGUCUGUAGUAUCCGAAAGAGCUCCAGGACUCUCAAGAAGGGGCCUCGGCAGGACCCCAGUGCCAUCGUGGAGAAGGCAGGGCUCAAGAAGUCCUUGACUCCAACCCAGAACCGGGAGAAGUGGAUCUACUAUUGCAAUGGCCAUGGUAUCGACAUCUUGAAGCUUGUAGCUGCCCAAGUAGGAAGCCAGUGGAAGGACAUCUAUCAGUUUCUUUGCAACGCCAGUGAGAGGGAGGUGGCUGCCUUCUCCAACGGUUACACGGCAGACCACGAACGGGCCUAUGCAGCUCUGCAGCACUGGACCAUCCGUGGCCCCGAGGCCAGCCUCGCCCAGCUCAUCAGCGCCCUGCGCCAGCACCGACGCAAUGAUGUUGUGGAGAAGAUACGUGGGCUGAUGGAAGAUACCACGCAGUUGGAAACCGACAAACUGGCACUCCCCAUGAGCCCCAGCCCGCUUAGCCCGAGCCCCAUUCCCAGUCCCAACGUGAAACUUGAGAAUUCUGCUCUCCUCACAGUGGAGCCUUCGCCCCUGGACAAGAACAAGGGCUUCUUCGUCGACGAGUCGGAGCCCCUUCUACGCUGCGACUCCACGUCCAGUGGUUCAUCGGCACUGAGCAGGAACGGCUCCUUUAUUACCAAAGAAAAGAAGGACACAGUGCUGCGGCAGGUCCGCCUGGACCCCUGUGACUUGCAGCCCAUCUUUGAUGAUAUGCUGCACGUCCUGAAUCCUGAGGAGCUGCGGGUGAUUGAAGAGAUUCCCCAGGCUGAGGACAAACUGGACCGUCUCUUCGAGAUUAUCGGGGUCAAGAGCCAAGAAGCCAGCCAGACCCUCCUGGACUCCGUGUAUAGCCAUCUUCCUGACCUACUGUAGAACACAGGGGCACUGCAUUCUGCAAAGCAAUCUACUGGCAGGGUGGUUUCAUUUUGUUUCUGACUUUUGUGUUCCGCUGUG